AUGCUUCUACUUAUUCCUGCUUUCUUACUACAUUUACUACAGAUUCAAGAAGCAAAAACUUUCAUAAGGUACAUUACAGAAGUACCUGAGGUAACUUGUGGGCCACAGCAAAUAACUGUUCGAGGUAAAACUGACGAACCCUUUGAAGGUGUUGUUUUCGUAAAAAAUUGGCGACGUACUGAACUUUGCUCUGCGAGUUAUUAUCUGAGCCAAAAUACUACUGAGCCAUCAUUUUCCAUUCCAUUAAAUCGCAUUGAGCAAUGUGGAUUGGUACUACGAAGAAACUCGGAUAGCAAAGAAUUAGAGAUAUUUGUGGUCAUUGUAUUUAGUUUCCAUCCAAAUUUUGUCACCGGUGGAGAUCGCUCAUUUGCGGUACAUUGCAUAUUUCAACAGCAAACUUUCAAGGUCGCCACUAAAUUCAAUUUCAUUGCAGACAUUUCCACACGUGGCAUCAUCGGUGCUACAGCUCAGCUGCCAUAUGUGAGUUUACAAAUCGUGGAAGGACGUGUACCCGAUCCGAAGUUAAAGUCUGCUACGAUAGUUUCCGUUGGAGAUCCCCUUAUGUUCAUUUGGCAUCUAAACUCUUCAACAGGAAUCUAUGGUGUUGUGGUCAAAGAAUGCUAUGUAGAAUCUGAAGAUGGUCGUAAAAUCAAAAUAAUCGAUCACGGUUGCUCAAUGGAUCCUCUCAUCGUAUCUCACGUACAGUACUCCGAGAAUAAUAUAAAGGCAUUUGCUGAUGGCUCAGCUUUCAAAUUUCCUGAUGCUGAAGAAGUUUGGGUGUCCUGUGCCGUGGCUGCUUGUCUUCAAAAGUUUGACCAAUUUACUGACACCGAUUCUGAUCACAUUUGUGAUAAGCAACCAAGUUGUUCAAAACGAGACAAGCGUUCAAGUAAUAAGCAAGUGGAGGAAAGUGCUGAAAUUUACUUAAAUGAUGACAUGGUCCAUCACAGACUUCGUGUCAUUGAUCAACCUACACACACUAUACCCUACCGAGACACCGAAAAAAAAUUGCUAGAUGAUUCUGAUGAGAUUUGCAUGGAGAAGAACUUCUUUGCUGGAACAUAUGCUGCUUUGGCAACAGUGUAUUUAGCUGCAAUAAGCUUAGCAGGUGGCUUCGGUUUAUCAGUUUACCGAUCUCAAUCUAAAAAUUGA